ACAACCAACCGCCACACCUGAAGUUUGCAGUUUGGCAUAGAAAACAUAAAUACGUUAAUUGUCAUACGAAGCUUUUAAUUUUACAAACUUUAAAAAGUUAAGUUUUGUUAUAAUACUAACUUAUGCAAGAAGUAAUAGUUCUUUUACUAAAAAACGUAUUUCAAAUUAGGCAGCAAUUAACCUGGUUAAAAAACCGAAGAUCACAAAAAUCCCUAUUAAUGAGAUAGAAGAAGUUGUUUUUCAAAAUGCCGUUGUUAGAAUCUUGUUGGUCACCAUGUAUCUGGUCUUCCAACGUCAAAGCUGGAAGCAAAGCAGUCGCUAUAUACACAGCAGCUAUGAGUAUAGUCCUGAUAACCUUUAUUGGAUAUCAAAUGGCUGGAGGAGAUUCCACUCAAAUUUGGAAUCCUUUGUUUGAAGCUGAUGUUAGAGGAUCUCUCCAGGUCUUUGGUAUCAUAUUUAUUAUCAUACUAUUUGGCUUAUUUAUAUCAUCAAUUUUAAUGGUGAUUGGCAUGAAUGUCUGGAUGAGAGGGUUAAUGCUUCCCUGGAUGCUGACAAUGGGCCUGAUUAUUACUUUCCAAUGUGUCUUCAGCUUAUGGCUCAUUGGUGGAUAUUACAUUUAUUUGGAGGCAACAUUUGCAGCUUUACUUAACUUUCUUUGGUUAGGAUAUAAUAUCUACUGCUGGUUGUGCGUGUUUUCACAAUAUCAAGUUAUAUUAGAGAUGCAGUCACCAAAUAUUGAAAUUCUAGUAGAAUACUAAAUAACAUUUCAUUAACUGCUAAUGUAUUUAAGAUUUCCUUGUUAAUUUUGCAUUUACCUUUUUUUUUAUUCUGCUAAAACUCUAAAAAUGGACUAGAUAACAAGAAUAAUGGACCUGAUAUUUUCCAUGCAAAAUUAUUUCUGUAAAUUCAGAACAUAAAUUAAGAAAAAGUUGGAGGUAAGUUGUAAGUUGGUAUUUUAGACAACUAGUAAAUUGUUGUUUUAAGCAGGAUUACUUAUGUAAUAUUUACAACUAAUUGACUCAUUAAGUAUACCAAUAGUUGUAGUUAUUUGUAAAUUGUUAUCUUUUACAUAAUUUAUAGUUAAUAUUCAUAUAAAAUAGUCAAUUUAUAGUUGACUGAAGAAUUGACAUUUUAUCUAAAAUAAUUAUGAAUCUCACAAAUGUUUUAGAUAAGUACAACAGGUCCGUCCAUAUAGAUUGAUACUGAUUUCAACUAAGUUUUAGAUUAUUGUAAUAGGAGUAGAUAUAUAAUAAAUAUAUUUAUAUUUUUAUUGAA